GAAGAACCUACAGGGACCCAUCAAUCUCCUGCCAGCAGCAAGGACAGUCAGCAUGAGCACAGCUGGAAAAGUCAUCAAGUGCAAAGCAGCUGUGCUGUGGGAGACCAAGAAGCCCUUCUCCAUCGAGGACAUAGAAGUCGCACCCCCCAAGGCCCAUGAAGUCCGCAUUAAGAUGGUGGCCACGGGGGUCUGCCGCUCUGAUGAUCACGUGAUUAACGGAAGCCUGAGUACACCACUUCCUGCAGUUCUAGGCCACGAGGGAGCUGGUAUUGUGGAGAGCGUUGGAGAAGGGGUGACUUCUGUCAAACCAGGUGAUAAAGUCAUCCCGCUCUUUUCUCCCCAGUGUGGAAAAUGCAGGAUCUGCAAGCACCCGGAGAGUAACUUCUGUAUGAAGAAUGAUUUGUCACAGCCUCGGGGGACUUUGCUUGAUGGCACCAGUAGGUUCACCUGCAAGGGGAAACCAAUCCACAACUUCAUCAGCACCAGCACCUUCUCCCAGUACACCGUGGUAGAUGAGAUGGCAGUGGCUAAAAUCGAUGCGGCUUCACCCCUGGACAAAGUCUGCCUCAUCGGCUGCGGGUUCUCAACUGGCUAUGGCUCUGCUGUCAAAGUUGCCAAGGUGACCCCAGGCUCCACCUGUGCUGUGUUUGGCCUUGGAGGUGUUGGUCUGUCUGUCAUCAUUGGCUGUAAAACAGCUGGAGCAGCCAGGAUCAUCGCUGUGGACAUCAACAAAGACAAGUUUAAGAAGGCCAAAGAAUUGGGUGCAACUGAGUGCAUCAACCCUCUAGACUACAGCAAACCCAUCCACGAAGUACUCCAGGAGAUGACCGAUGGAGGGGUGGACUUCUCCUUUGAAGUAAUCGGUCGCCUUGACACCAUGAUGUCUUCCCUGUUAAGCAGCCACGCAUCAUGUGGUGUAAGUGUCAUUGUUGGGGUCCCUCCUCAUGCCCAAAGCCUCUCUGUGAACCCCAUGUUGCUGCUCUUGGGUCGUGCCUGGAAAGGAGCAAUAUUUGGUGGCUUUAAGAGUAAAGAUUCUGUCCCCAAGCUUGUGGCUGAUUUUAUGGCUAACAAGUUUCCACUAGAGCCGUUAAUUACCCAUGUUUUACCUUUUGAGAAAAUCAAUGAGGCGUUUGAGCUGCUUCGCUCUGGAAAGAGUAUCCGGACUGUCCUGACGUUCUGAGACCACACUGAUGCCUUCCUACUCCUGACCCCUGCACCCCAGUGAAUCACGAGACCAGCCACAUACAGCGCUAAUGUUGUUCCUUAGAGACACUGCCAAUAAAGUACUCAUGUAAGCUUUCCGCGAGAAACUGAAUUUUCUGUGAUUCUGUUUUCAACACCAAGUGAGAGCUACCACACCUCAGAUGAGGAGCUGCAGGGUGCCCAGCCUUCCUUCUGAUUUGAUUGACCUCUGUCAUCUUUCCAACUGGGGACAAUGUCUCUUGUGAUAUCUGGUAUUCUUUUCUCUCUGGAAUCCACAGUCACUGAAACUCAGUGGAGCAGAGAGUUCUUUCUAUCCCAUUACACACAGGAUGGCCUGCGUGCUCAGCCUUCCUGCCAUACUUCCCCUUGUCUGUAUUUCUUCUUUAUGAGCUGUCUGCACAUGGAGCAAACACCACAGCACGCUAGUGAACAUGUAACUGUUAUCUCAAAUAAAAGCAAGUCUGAAAUCACGACUCAGAACAUCUUAUUGG